AUGCCUUUCUCUGCUGAUGACCCUUUACCAAACCUGGGGGAUGGUGCAGCUGCUCAGCCCCGGGAGUUUGGGUGGCGCAGGAGGAUUUUUGGGACUGGAUUUCUGCAGCAGCAUCCCAGGACCCAGACUCCUGGAAACCCUGAGCUCCUGGAGAAUCCCGAGCCCCUGGAAAAUCCUGAGCUCCUGGAAAACCCUGAGCUUCUGGAGAACCCUGAGCUCCUGGAAAAUCCUGAGCUCCUGGAGAAUCCCAAGCUCCUGGAGAACCCUGAGCUCCUGGAAAAUCCUGAGCUGCUGGAGAACCCUGAGCUAUUGGAAAACCCCGAGCUCCUGGAAAAUCCUGAGCUCCUGAAGAAUCCUGAGCUCCUGGAGAACCCUGAGCUCCUGGAAAACCCUGAGCUCCUGGAAAACCCUGAGCUCCUGGAGAAUCCCAAGCUCCUGGAGAACCCUGAGCUCCUGGAAAAUCCUGAGCUGCUGGAGAACCCUGAGCUAUUGGAAAACCCCGAGCUCCUGGAAAAUCCUGAGCUCCUGAAGAAUCCUGAGCUCCUGAAGAACCCUGAGCUCCUGGAAAACCCUGAGCUCCUGGAAAACCCUGAGCUCCUGGAGAAUCCCAAGCUCCUGGAGAACCCUGAGCUCCUGGAAAAUCCUGAGCUGCUGGAGAACCGUGAGUUCUUGGAAAAUCCUGAGCUCCUGGAAACCCCUGAGCUCCUGAAGAAUCCUGAGCUCCUGAAGAACCCUGAGCUCCUGGAAAACCCUGAGCUCCUGGAGAACCCUGAGCUAACCUUGAACUCCUGGAGAACCCUGAGCUCCUGGAAACCCCUGAGCUCCUGGAAACCCCUGAGCUCUUGGAGAACCCUGAGCUCCUGGAAAACCCUGAGCUCCUGGAGAACCUUGAGCUGCUGGAGAACAAAACACCACCACCAACUGCAAAUAUUCCCGGCUCAGUUUCCAAGCAGCCUUCCCCAAUCCAUCAGGGAAUCAGGCAGGGAAACACUGAUGCCUCUCCUCCAGGAACCCCUGAAAACUUCCUUGGGAAAGUCCUGAUGAAAUGGGUUCCAAAAGCACCUCCUGCUGCCCGAGCUCUGGGGUUGGCAGAGCUGGUGCAGGGGAGCAGCAACACUCCAGGAAAUACCAGGAAAGCUUCUGGGGCUGAGCAGGAGCUCCAGGCAGGGAUCUGGGAGGCCAAGGACUCCCCUUUUCCACACCCCCAGGGGAUGGCACAGCCUGGUGUGACAGCACAGCCAGGUCAGAAUGAACCCACAGGAGCUCAGCUCACUCAGGACCUUGAUUUGGGGCACAAAGGCCACUCAGUCCCUGGUCCAUGUCCCUCCUCUCCAUCAACAGAUGGAGCUGGUAUGACACAAAUCCAUGGGAAGUCACUCCUGGGCUCUGGGAUGAGAUGGAAACACAUCAAACAGAGCUGGCACCCCUUUUAAAUUGGAUCUGGAAUUGUUAUCCCAUCAAAAUACAUAUGGAUGAGGAAGAUAAGACUAUUCUUUUAAAGACCAGUUCAUUAAGUUCUGACGAAUUUUUAUAAUAUACCUUCUUGAGUUUACUGUGAAUAACAUUUUAUCAGCUGCCAAC